AUGCGAUCGUCGGAGGAGGCAGACGACGGCGCGGCGCGCGGCGCUGGGAGCGGCAUGCCGCCAGUGCUGCCGGCGGCACAGGCGCAGAUCGCGCUCCUUGCGCAGAUCGUCCCGAUGCUCGUGCUCGCCGCAGGCGGGCUCCUCCUCUCGGGCUGGGAGCUCGAUAAUAUGACGCACUGGAACGUCUUUCGCGCGGUCGACAAGUUUCUGAUCCUCGUGCCGAUCAUGAUGAACCUCAAAGGGAACCUCGAGCUGAAUCUGUCGCUGCGCAUGUCGACUGCCGCGAAUAUGGGCGAGCUCGACAACCGGCGCACGCGCCAAGUGCUCGUCACGGGCAACCUCGCGCUGCUGCAGGCGCAGGCGCUCAUUGUAGCAUGCGCCGCUGGCAUCCUAUCGUUUAUCAUGGGGCAGUUUGAGCAGCACCGCAUGCCGCCGGCCGCGGGCGCACCGGCGAGCGCGACAUGGGCGCUGCCGAGCGCCACGUCCACGGCGCUCGCCAGCCCGGCGGCCGUGCGCACGCCGCUUGCGCGCGGCAUUCAUACCCCCGGGCGUCCCAACGUCGACCGUGCACUGCGCCUGCGCAACGGCUACCUCGAGUUUUUCAUGGUCGUCGCCGUGGCGAUGCUCUCCGCCUCGCUCUCGUCCGCGGUGCAGGGAACGUGCCUGUGUGCGCUCGUGAUCUGGGCACGUCGCUUCCGCCUGGACCCGGACCGGACCGUGGUGCCGAUCGCGGGCUCGCUCGGCGACCUGAUCACACUGACGCUCCUCGGCGUGCUGGCAGCGGGCCUGCUGCCGUCCGAGGGCUCGCUCCUGUCGCUUGUGCUCUUUGUCGUGCUAAUCGUCGUGUGCUGCUUGAUGAUCUUGAUGACGCUGCGCAACGUGUACGUAGGCGAGCUCGUCGCGGACGGCUGGACGCCACUGUUUGCCGCGGCACUCAUCAGCUCAGUCGCGGGCCUGCUCCUCGACAAAAACGCGGCGCGGUACGACGGCCUGGCGCUCCUCGCGCCGGUCGUCUCGGGCCUGCCCGGCGUCGCGGCCGCCGUGUUCACUUCCACGCUCUCAUCCGCGCUGCACGCGGGCCGCAUCGUUGCGCCGACACGCGCCGCGAGCGCCGAGUACGCGCCGCUGACGGAGCCGGGCGCCGAGGCGCCCCGAUACCCCAACGACACGCCGCGCUUCACGCCACGGGGGGGGUGGCAGCUCCCUUUGACACUGCUGGGCAGCACGACGCUCGUUCAGAUCGGAUACCUGAGCCUCUUGUGGCUCACACGCAGCCUCGUCUUUGGCUGGCAGUUUGCGCUCUGCUUUGUGCUGCUCUCUACCUUGCUCGUACGUCGCGCCACUUACCCAGACCUGCCUCGCUUUGAGCGGGGGAUACACCCUGUGCUUCCUUUUGUGGUACUGGGACUAUGA